AGGUAGGCUGCUCGUCCUUCCACUCUCCAGGCUGCCCAUCUCUUGCAGCUAGCCAGACUCAUGGCUGAAGGGAGGAAGCCAAAAGGCCAGGCCCCCCAGUAGCACCAGAAGGGGAGGGGCUUGCAUGUCCCAGCACUAAUACUCACCCUCUCCUGUCCCUGAGGCCUGGCAGCCAGAGGACUUGCCUGGUAUCAGUUUGAACAUUGGCAUGGGAUGGCGAUGACUUUCCUCCAUCAUGGAGCAGAGGGUGGCCGAGAACGGAGGUGCAUUGUCUGAUCUGGCCCCAGUCCCUACAAAGAGCUGACUAUGCCGGUGCACAUCUGUAAUCCAGCCUUGGAAUAUAUAAAGAAUUUGAGGCCAACCUGGGCUACAUGGGACUUUGUCUCAAAGUGAAAACAAGUUUUUAAAACAGAUUUGAGACAGGGUCUCACUGUAUAGCCCUCGUUAUGUGGGCCAAGCUGGCCUCAAACUCACAGAGACCCCAUCCCCCUGCCUCCACCUCCUCAGUGCUGGAAUUAAAUAAAGGUUUAUGCUACUAUGUCCAGCUAGGGGAAAAAAUUAAAGCCAGCUGAAAUUAUUCUGAGUAAAGAGGCUUAACACCAGACCUGACUAUCUGAAUUUGACCCCCAGGAAUUGGGUAGUGGAAGGUGACAACCAGUUCCCAAAAGUUGUCCUCUGACCUCCACACACUGGCCAUGGAAUGAAGUGUCCACACACACAAAUAAUAAAUGUAAUUGUAAAAAAUUGUAAGAUCACCCUGGAAAGCUCUGCACGGGUGUGUGUAAUGCACACGUGUACAGCUUAGAUUGAGAUUCAGCCAUCCUUGGAGGAAUCCUAGACCCUCAAAAAUGCAGCGGCUUUGUAGCCAGAUAAGGUUCGAAGCCCUGUCCUUACCCAGGACUGCUGUCCACAUACCUGGUCUGCUGGGAGUGUCUCUCCCCGCUCCCCCUCCCCCACCUCCCGCGCGCCCCAGGCCUUUGUCCCAGUGCCCUGGCUGCUGCACCUCCAAGCCUUGAAAGAUCCUCAGCUGCUCCCGCCUACAUCCUUGGCGUCAAUCUUCAAGUUUCCUGCCUGUCGGAUCCCUUGGCCAAACGUCACAGAAGCCGCAGCAUCACAGCCGCCAGCACCCAUCAUCGCCAGCGCCCCUUCACCCGGCUAGCCAAAGAGCGCACUGGAGGCGGAGGGGCAGCAGCCACCAGCCCGCUCCCCGCCCCCGGACAGAGCCUCCGUCAGCAUGGGGGUGACAGGUAUCAGUGCAUUCCCAUGCUGUGGCAAGAAUUCUGUGGACAUUGUGGAAAGAACGAAUGACCACCAUCAGCAGCCCCACACCCCUAAAGAAAAGGAGGAUGACGAAACAGAGCUGGAAGCACAAUUGCCCAAGAAGGAGCCCCUACCCGUAGUGCUCCCAGAUCCAGGCCCAGUACCACAGCUGGAGGAGAUGGGACCAGUGGUACACUCUAAACCCACACCCGAGCCUGAAGAAGACUACUUCACUGAAAGCCUGGAGCAGCAGGGCUACAGGAUCGAAUCUCUCAGGCCCUAUGAGGAAGAUCGGCAAUCCAGAACCUGGAGCUUCAAUGCAAACUCAAGCAACAGGGAAGAGGAGCAGGUGUCCACCACCCAGUUCCGCUCCAUCCGCGUGCAGACCUCCAAACACCUCUUCUGGGCUAACAAGCUCAUCCAGGCAUCAGAGCACAGCCUCCAGCAGGCCUUAGAAAAACAUCGCAAGAGCCCCCGGGAAAGGAAGUCUGUCUGCAUCUCCCAGGUUCUCACAGACUGCGCCCCGCGACCAUCAAGCCCCUGUCUAUCGUGCACCAGCCUGCCCACAACCAUUGGCCUGGCAGAUCUGAUCAACUUUGCGUCCUCCCUGGCUGUAGCCUCCUCCAGCCACAAGGAAGUGCCUAAUUUAGAAAAUAUGAUCAAAGCUACAUCCGAGAAGUUGCAAGAGACACCUAUAGACCUUUGCCAGCCAGUCCAGUCCAUCAAGUUUGCCCAGGCUACCCAGAUCACCCAGAUAACCUCCGAGAAGCAAGAGAAGUCAUUUGAAGAUAUGACAACUCAGAAAUCUUGGACUCCAGAAACCAGUAACGUAGCUUGCUCUUACCUAGAUUUUAGCAAGAUGGGACUCAAGAAUGCCACCAUCCAAGGGGAAGUGAAGUUUGUCCAGGCACCAACCAAGUCCUCCCAGCUUCAGGAAGACAACGACUCGGUGCCGGGAACCAAGAAAGGGAAUCCAUUAUUGCUGAAAAUCCAUUUUAAGUUGUCAUCCCCCUUACCAAAAAAGAAAUGACUAGACAAAACAUUAAAGCCUCCAGUGCUGGCCC